UGGACUGACUAUACAUGGCUCUGCUAAAAACCAAUUAGCGUACCGCAUAUUAUGUACAAUAAAAGUGAUAUGCAUGUACUAAUUUAAAAAUUAUGUUAAUGAAAGUAAAGCAAACCAGCAAGACUUUUCUUCUGAGAAAUUGUAUUAUAGUAACCUGCCGAUGUGUUGAUAUUUUUGUAUGUCAUGCUUGCAGCUUUGCAUAGUGUGCUGCUGUGACAUACACAGCCUAGCUAAAAGCUAGCCUCCUAGUUAGCUCAUUACUGCCACUGCCAGGAUCCAGCUACGUGGUCGACAUGGCGACCGACAAAAUACAACAAUAUUAGCUAUCAUAACAGCUGAAGGUUGAUGGCAUUUAAUUGGAAAUUGUCAUACCACAUACUGAGUGUUCAUAAUGUCUGAACAUUUAGAUGAAAAUUGAUGUUCGGAAUAGUUUUAUUUUAUUACAGUGGAAUCUGUCAGAUCUUUUCCAUCACUCUGUUUUUUCGAAAAGAAAACAAACCCCACGCGACAACACGCUUUAGGAUCUUUGAAAAAGAAAGCGUCCGUCGAAUCUACAGUGCUUCCCCCAGAGACCUCCGUGGGUGACGAUGCCUGUGCAAGCGCCGCAAUGGACGGAAUUCCUGCUGUGUCCCAUCUGCACCCAGCUGUUCGAGGAGAGCCUCCGCAAGCCCAUCAGCCUGGGCUGCGGCCACACCGUCUGCAAGAUGUGCCUGAACAAGCUGCAUCGCAAGGCCUGCCCCUUCGACCAGACGGCUAUCGCCACCGACAUUGAGUUGCUGCCAGUCAACACAGCCCUGCUGCAGCUGGUGGGAGGACAGGUGCCCAAACGGCAGUCUACCACCUUGGUGACAGGGGCAGAGGACAUAGCCCACUAUGAGGAAGCCAGUGAGUGUGUGGAGGAGCUGGCUCAGUACCUGAAACCCCUGAGCAACAGCAGAGGUGUGGGGUUGAGCACCAGCAGCGCCCAGAGUUCUCUGAGUCGGCCCAUGCAGAGGAAGCUGGUGACCCUGGUGCACUGUCAGCUGGUGGAGGAGGAGGGCCGGGUGAGGGCCACGCGGGCGGCCAGGUCUCUGGGGGAGCGCACCGUCACUGAGCUCAUUCUGCAGCACCAGAACCCCCAGCAGCUCUCCUCCAACCUGUGGGCUGCAGUCAGGGCAAGGGGCUGCCAGUUUCUCGGCCCAGCGAUGCAGGAGGAGGCUCUGAAGCUGGUGCUUUUGGCUCUGGAGGACGGCUCCGCUCUAUCCAGGAAGGUCCUGGUGCUGUUUGUGGUUCAGAGGUUAGAGCCACGCUUCCCCCAGGCCUCCAAGACCAGCAUAGGCCACGUGGUGCAGCUCCUCUACAGGGCCUCCUGCUUCAAGGUGACCAAGCGUGAUGAGGACUCGUCCCUGAUGCAGUUGAAGGAGGACUUCUGGACGUACGAGGCGCUGCGGCGCGAACACGACUCCCAGAUCGUCCAGAUCGCAAUGGAGGGGGGCCUCCGCAUCGCCCCUGACCAGUGGUCUUCCCUGCUCUACGGGGACCAGUCGCACAAGUCCCACAUGCAGUCCAUCAUUGACAAGUUGCAGACGCCAGCGUCGUUUGCUCAGAGUGUUCAGGAGCUGACCAUCGCCCUGCAGAGGACAGGUGACCCGGCCAACCUGAACCGCCUGCGACCACACCUGGAGCUGCUAGCCAACAUCGACCCAAGUCCAGACUCCCCUCCCCCCACGUGGGAGCUGCUGGACACGGGCUUGGUGGCAGUGAAGACUGUGGUACACGGCCUGGUGGACUUCAUCCAGAACCACAGCAAGAAGGGGAGUGACCCACAACAGCCACCCCAGCACAGUAAAUACAAGACGUACAUGUGUCGGGACAUGAAGCAGAAGGGGGGCUGUCCUCGAGGAACCAGCUGCACCUUCGCUCACUCUCAGGACGAGCUAGAGAAGUACCGAAAGAUGAACAAGCGUCUGGCUGCCCGCCGGCCCCUCAGCCUAUCCUUGACGCAGCUGAACGAGGUUGGCCUAUUGCCCGAGGAGGUGGGGAUGCUGGAGGGGCUGGCACAUAAGGGCUUGACGAAUGGCAUGGUGGCGUCGGUCACAGGCUCCGCCCUGCCCCAGCUCAUCUCCCGCGGUGCCGACCCCUCCUACGAGCCCAUGAUGCGGAAGCCCCAGUCCCAGGGAAGCCUCAGUGCCCCCAGCUCUCCUCCAGACUUACUGGACCCUGUGCCCAAUCGGGCCAUGGCCCACCCCAGGAUGGCAGUGGACCACCUGGCCAUGCACAAGCAGAUGCCCAGGAGGCCCUCCAUGUACCCCCCUCAGCAGGGAGAACUCUUCUACCCUCCUGAGCCCAGGGCACCUCCAUCAGCCCUGCAGUAUGAGGCCUCCCAGAACGCCCCAGGUAACCCCCCCUACCCCUACCAGCCCUCUCAGUACCCACCCCAGCCUCGCUACGUCCGGAACCCCCCUCCCACCAACGACCCGGCCUUGCCCCCCUACCCCGGCACCUACCCCCAGGAGCGCCAGUGUCCCCCUCAGCCCUCGAGUUCCCACUUCUCCAAUGCCAACCCCCAAGGGUUUGCGCCUCCUCCGCAUUAUGACGGCCGUCGACACCCCGCCUACCCCCCUCCACCACCACACUCCUAUCCCCACCGGGAGGACCCCUCCAUGCCUGCGGACGAGGCCUCCAGAGAAAGAUACCUUCCUGAGGGUUACCACCCUUCUGGCCCCCACCCCAGCCACAUGAGGCCCUACACCCCCAGGGAGUCUUACAACCGGCCCCAGCCCACUCCCAGUCUGGACUACUUGCACCGCCGACGCCAGGAGAUCAUGGCCCAGCUGGAAGACGGGAAGCAGGUCACUCCCCCACCCUUCGCCCCCUCGCCUACUCUGCCACACCACUACGAGUCCAACUACACACAGGAGCAACAGCAGUACUUGGAAAACUCACAAGCGUUUUCAAAGUACCGCGAGCCAGACUACGCUAGCCAGUACUCUCCUUGGUCAUGUGACACUAUCGGCUCCUACAUUGGCAGCAAGGAGGGGAAGUCCAGAGACAGUAUGGAGAGGAUGAACGCUGAGGGGAAAGGUGUGGAAGGCAGGCGCAAGGCUGCCGAGGCCAGAGAUGACGACCCUAUCAUCCCCUUCGGCUCUCUGCCCACCGUGUCACGCUUCGGGGUGAUCUCCCGCACCCCCAAGACGGGCUACUUGACUGCCGGGCCAGGGCAGGCCAUGACCCUCUCACAGGGGACCAAUGGCCCCAAACACAGCGCUGCAACAGGUACAGGGAGAACUCGCACACCUUUUGGGUUUUGCUCUGUUCGCUGCAUUUCGCAGAGUCUGACUGGCUCUUGUUGUCCCCCUGCAGGGUGGGGUGCUGCCGGGUACAGCCAGCCCCCUCAGGCCCACCUCAGUGAACGGCCAGUCAAGGAGAGGGAGCAGCUGACGAUGGAGCUCCAGCAGGUCAAUCAGCAGAUCAACAAGCAGACGGCCCAGGCGGACCAUCCCAGCCCGGAGGAGUGGUCGUCAGGGAGCGUCUCCAGCCAACAGCUGAGCCUGGAGCUCCACCAUGUGGAGAGGGAGAUCGGCAAGAGGACCCGCCAGAUAGCCCUGGAGCACCUUGUGAGUCAUGAUGGGAGUGGGGCGUAUAAGCUGAAGCCCACUGAGAACGGGCAGAGAGCAGAGCACUCGUUGGUCCUCAGUGAGGGCUGUAAUGGUCCCAGUGGUGUGCUGCAGGACGGCAGUGUGUCCAGCGGUGGUUUGUCCUGCCUUACCAGCAAGACCUCGUCCCUCAGCCUGUCUGCAGACCCCAUCGCUGGGGGCACUGACCGAAAGACCAACGGCGUGGUCCACCUGUGCUCCUAGCCACACAACUGGAGUCUGGUAUUACCACCACAGCUACAACUAACCGAUCAGUCAACCACAUAGAGCCUUGGGAAACCCCUCGUCCUCUGAACGUUAGAACCGUUCCACUGUCAUUGAGACACACAACCAGGUCCUCCAAACUGUCUGGUAUACCCUACCUACCUCCACAUUUGCAAAAUCUGAUUGACGCCACUAAGACAAUUUUAACUUGAUUACAAAACGUGUAGAGAGAGGCGCCACCUCUCUCCUUGCUUAAAAUGGCAAGAGACCGUUCUAGGUUUCUUACAAAGAGGGAUUUGUGAUAGAAGGGCGAGGAGUAUCUAAGUAACUGAAAAAGCCACUGAUUUGCAAAUGUGGAUGUGGUGCCAUCAUAGACAACGGCGCUUCAUUUGAUACAACACAAAUUUGCACACUUGCAACUUUAGUCUGUCUACAACUAAGCAGUAUCUGCCCUGAAUUGAAUUUUUUUUCAUUUUUUUUCGUUUUGUUCCGUGAAUGAAUGUUUUUUUCAUAAAAAAUCUCACCCUGCCUUGGAAACCAGAUGUUUAGAUUUAUGCUCCAUGAAUUCAAACCCAUUAAUGAUUGGAAGAAUAAUAUAACGAUGAGACCAGUUCCUUGGUUUCAAAUAGAUAAGGCCACCAUAAUCGCAUUGACAUUAAUUACAUCUGUUAGCUUCACAAUGUGCAAUUUUUUUAUUUUUUUUGUAGCAUCGCUACAGCAAUAUUUGUGCUUAGCAUAUAUGCAUGUCCUGAAAUGCGGAAUUUGUGUUUGGAAUUAAUUGUAAGUUCUUGUUUCUAAGCUGCAAUGCUAUUCGCCGACCAUUUUUUUUAUUUUUUUGCGUUUCGUUAAGUUUGACUCUUGGUUCUCUGAAGGAGGACAUUUACAUCUUAUCAAAAUAUCUCCAUCGCAUAGAAACAAUACUUGUUGGCAAACGGCUGUGAAUAAGUUUGCCCAUAUCCAAGAUAAUACAAAUUGAAGAUGACACUGGCCUCUUGAAGACAGAGAACACCUUUCAACUGGGCAGUUUUGAGAUUUAGAUGAAACUAUCAGAUACAUUUUAACAAGAAACAAAGGCUCCCUUGUGUCCACUUCAGUGGCCUGACCCUCUUUUUGCAUCUCCCCUCACCACUACCACCACCUUCAGGAUAUUUACUUCAGCCUCUACCAUUCAUGCUUUGGUAUGGGGCUGAUGAGGAAAAGGAUAUAUACAUUUAGGCUUGGCAUUCAAGCUGUCGUCUUUUGGGUGUAAUUUAAAUUCAGUGAUGGACUAGGUGGGAGGGAAUCAAAACAUGGAUCAAUGAUACGUCUGCCUGUUGAUGGGGUGGUCAGAGGUACUGGGUAUAUGGAGUAAAGGAAACAUGAACGAAGCCAGACAUGACCCAUGGCUGGAAUUUGAGACCUUGAUCUACAAAACAUAUUUGCACUUUCAUAGCUUUAAGGAUGGUUUGUACUGAGUAUAUGUAUUUAUUAAAUGUACAGUAUUUGCAUCCUGAGGAUGGAUAUAACAUUAAAAGGUCAAACUUAAAACCACAUUCUGUUUUAAGAACGUGUAGUUCAAGAUGGCCAUGGUUGCUCCCUAAGAUCCUAAUAGUGUUGGCCAUGUUGUACAGAGCAGGGUUCAAACAGCCACUCUGUUUUUAUACAUCAAUCUACUGUAAAAUUAUUUUAUUUUUUUCUGUAGAGUUACGACAUGUUCACUUCCACAAUUGUGACACCCGGUAUGCUGUCAACAUACCCGUAACACCGCAAAUUACAGGAAAGGUGAAAUUCCUUUUUCAGUUCCUCGUCUCCACUCCUCUGAGCACCUUUUUCACCAAUCGCAGCAGACAUUUGUCUCGUUUUAAUUUAUUUUAACUUCCAAGAAGUUGCUCUAGUAAAAGGGGUUGUGAUGCGUUCCUGGAGAAGGCUUUAAUCAUUUGUAGAUGGGGGUCGAUGCAUAGGUGACAGGCCACUGAACUGGGCUAAGGCAGAACUACAGUUAGCAAAGCAGUUAGCAUCACUGGAGACAACCACAGCACCACCACACAGGGUGAGAGGAGACUAGGAAAGGCAUUUUGACGACACCAAAUCAGUGCUUUUUCCCAAAUAUGAACAAAUGAAGUGCUGCAGUUGCAUUAUCUGCAUUACUUUUACAUUUUUUACGUGCUUCAAUUAUCGCCACCCCUCACACAGAUGCAAUUUGUUAUUCUCAGAUGCAUGCGAACUAUGAAAUUAAGUACUACAAGCUUACUUUCCUUCUUGGUAAGAUUAAUUCGCAGAAUAUAUUCAAAGGUGUCAUAUUGUGAAAUGGUGGCUGGGAUAUUCCAUUUGAAUUCAAAAUAUAUCCAACAACUGGAUUAGUCAAACUUGUUUUAAAUCUAGUCUUUGUCUUUAUGGAAAUAUGUUGUACGUGUGUUUUUUUUAGUUACUUCUCACGGAUCUUAUCUCACUUUUUGAGAUUUUAUUUCAAAUAUGAAAUGCUUACACUGUAUAUGUAUGGACUAUAUACACAUUAUACUGUACUGUAUUUGUACAGUAUAUGCACAUUAUACUGUGUAUAUACACAUUAUACUGUAUGUGUAUAUACACAUUAUAAUGUAUGUGUAUAUACACAUUAUACUGCAUGUGUAUAUACACAUUAUACUGUAUUUUCAAAGCCAGACAAUGACACUGACUUAAGUCAAUUCGUCUCCUAUAGAAGUUCUCUGCCUUCUGUGCACAUGACAUUGAAAUGUCCAUUAGUCCUCAAAAGUUGCUGACUUUUUUGGAGUUCUCCCCAGUUUGUCCCAAUGCAUUGUCUGCUCUCAUGUCAGAGCAUUGGAUAGCAAUCUAGCAAUAUUAUGGAAAAUGACUGUUAACAAGAGGACAAUGUAGGCUAAUCAAUGCAGUUUGCGUUACUCUUCAUGCUAAUCAUAACCAAUGGUCCUUCAACCCUCCUUAUUAACCAUGACAGAGUUAAGGACAUGAGGACACAGUCCCUUAAUUGGCAUAGCAUCAUGCAUGUUUGUGAUUACAGAAGUUAUCUCGCUUUAGUCACCUCUGUAUCAUGUAGUGGGAAAUGAAUUGCGUUGUAGUGUAGCCAUCGUGGUGGCUAAAUGAUGGUGGUUGUUUGUAGUAGUUUUAGAGCACUUCAUAGGAAAAUAAAAUGUGUAUCAUUGUGCAAAAGCACCUGUAGUUCUGGGGCUGAACAGAACUGCAGUCAACUAUGCUGUGUGCAUACAUAUCCCAAAAAUAUUUUGGUCUGGGGAAGUGACGACCAUUGGUGUUAUCAUAAGGUCACAUGACUUGCUUUCCAUACGGAAAGAACUCCCAUAUAUGAUAUAUUUGUUUGAUCUCUGUGGCUUUGACAGCCCUGACUUUCUGCCAGGAACUUCAUGUUGGUUAUCUGAAGAGCAGUGUUGUUCCAGAGGUCAAAGGACUAUCAAUACAUCUGUCAAACCAUAUGGUAAAAUCAACUACAACAAUUGCAUUUGGGACUGAACUUCAGGUAAUGCUUACGGUUCAGUUUCAGAUAGCUCUAUGUAUUUGGACGAAUGUUCCUCCAUCAGUGUCAUCAAUACAACAUGUCUCCUUACUCAUGUACAUCCAUCAGUGUCAUCAAUACAACAUGUCUGAGCCUUUUAUAAGGAGACAUGUUCCUCCAUAAGUGUCAUCAAUACAACAUAUCUCCCUAUAAAAGGCUCAGUCUGCCUUUCCGAAUGUGGGUUAAUAAUGCACACUUUUGUCUUGAAGGUAUGCAGACCUUUUUACAGAGAAAAUUAUAGUCCUCAGGACUUGGUUGAGAGUCGUCGGGGUGUUAGCAGCUAGGCCAGGGAUGCUAAUUUACCAAUUUAGUGAGAUGGGUCAACAUACAGAUUUACCGGGACUUGACUCGGUGUUGAGGAAUUGGGAUGUCUGAGAUUAGACCAAUGUACACUACCGUUCAAAAGUUUGGGGUCACCUAAAUGUCCUUGUUUUUGAAAGAUAAACACUUUUUCCCCCCAUUAAAAUAACUUCAAAUUGAUCAGAAAUACAGUGUAGACAUUGUUAAAUGUUGAAAAUGACUAUUGUAGCUGGAAACAGCAGAUUUUUUUAAUGGAAUAUCUACAUAGGGGUACAAAGGCCCAUUAUCAGCAACCAUCACUCCUGUGUUCCAAUGGCACGUUGUGUUAGCUAAUCCAAGUUUAUCAUUUUAAAAGGCUAAUUGAUCAUUAGAAAACCCUUUUGCAAUUUUGUUUAGCCAGUUAAACGGUUGUUCUGAUUUUAAAGAAGCAAUAAAACUGGCCUUUACAGAUUACAGGCUCAAAAUGGCGAGAAACAAAAACCUUUCUUCUGAAACUCGUCAGUCUAUUUUUGUUCUGAGAAAUGAAGGCUAUUCCAUGUGAGAAAUUGCCAAGAUAUUGAAGAUCUCGUACAACACUGUGUACUACUCCCUUCACAGAACAGCACAAACUGGCCCUAACCAGAAUAGAGAAGUGGGAGGCCCCGGUGCACAACUGAGCAAGAGGACAAGUACAUUAGUGUCUAGUUUGAGAAACAGACGCCUCACAAGUCUUCAACUGGCAGCUUCAUUAAAUUGUACCCGCAAAACACCUGUCUCAAUGUCAACAGUGAAGAGGCGACUCCAGGAUGCUGGCCUUCUAGGCAGAGUUGCAAAGAAAAAGGCAUAUCUCAGACUGGCCAAUAAAAAGAAAAGAUUAAGAUGGGCAAAAGGACACUGGACAGAGGAAGAUUGGAAAAAAGUGUUAUGGACAGACGAAUAUAAGUUUGAGGUGUUUGGAUCACAAAGAACAAUAUUCGUGAGACGCAGAAAAAAAUGGAGGCUGGAGCACCAUCUAUCAAGCAUGGUGGAGGCAAUGUGAUGGUCUGGGGGUGCUUUGGUGGUGGUAAAGUGGGAGAUUUGUACAGGGUAAAAUGGAUCUUGAAGGAAGGCUAUCACUCCCUUUUGCAAAGCCAUGCCAUACCCUGUGGAUGGUGCUUAAUUGGAGACAAUUUCCUCCUACAACAGGACAAUGACCCAAAGCACAGCUCCAAACUAUGCAAUAACUAUUUAGGGAAGAAGCAGUCAGCUGGUAUUCUGUCUAUAAUGGAGUGGCCAGCACAGUCACCGGAUCUCAACCCUAUUGAGCUGUUGUGGGAGCAGCUUGACGGUAUGGAAGAAGUGCCCAUCAAGCCAAUCCAACUUGUGGGAGGUGCUUCAGGAAGCAUGAGGUAAUCUGAAGAGAUUUCACACCAACAAAUUGACAACUAGAAUGCCAAAGGUCUGCAAGGCUGCAAAUGGAGGAUUAUUUGACGAAAGCAAAGUUUGAAGGACACUUAUUUCAAUCAAUCAUUAUUUGUAACCUUGUCAACGUCUUGACUAUAUUUCCUAUUCAUUUCAUGUAUGUUUUCAUGGAAAACAAGGACAUUUCUAAGUGACCAUAAACUUUUGAACGGUAUUGUAUGUUCUUGAUACAUUUAUUCAGUUAUUUGCCUCAAAAAAAAUUAUGUUACUAUUUUGUAGACACAUACUGGUCUCUCGAGGCAUCCUAUGAUCUUUAAAAGCACAGAUUUAGGUUGGACCGGUUUUAUACAUAUAAUUGCUGUGUAACAUUUUUUAUUUAUAAUUAUACUCAUUGUUUUUGUUGCUGUUGCUUGGGAAGGCACUUCACAUUUAAGCAAUCGUAAUGAUUGGCUACAACAGCUUUGCUGUGAUGCAUUGUAGAGACAGAAUUUGCAGAAGGUUCACCUCUCACCGGUUUUUAUUUAUUUAUUUUUUAUAUUGCCAUGGGUGACAUGCUGACUACACUGUGCAUUUCAGGUAAAAUAACAACCCAAUGUUUAUAUCCCAGGACAAAUUAGCUAGCAACAGCAAGCUAGCUAGUUAAAUGUCCACGAAUAUUUAAUGUUUCGACCUGUCCCCAAAUGAAUGUAGUUUUUUCAGAGUUUUGAUAUUUCAACCUGUGUGUCCUGAUGGCAUCUGGUGUGGAUGGAAAAAAAUCAACAUGCGCAUGAUGGCACAAGCGGACCCACGCGCGUGCCCGGUGUAGUCAGCAUGUUAGGCUACUUAACAUGCUGUGGUUUCUAAGAACAGCUAUCAGAAUUUAACAUUUUCCUUGCAUGAAGAGGAAGGAACUACCAUUGCCCGCACUGGGAAAGAUAACUUAAGAGUUAAUUAAUUACUUUUCUGGGUUUGUCAAAUUACAUCGUUUGCAUACAUUUUCACAAUUUUGUAUCUUUGUUUUUGCAGAGGUACGGUAUUAUGAUCUUGGCCCAUCAUUGAGGGAACCAUUUUGAAUUGAGCUGUUUAAAGCACCGUCUGUUGCUCAAUUAUAUUUUCAUAAUGAAGUAUUUGCGCUGGUGCAACAUUUGAACCUUUUUUCAAAUUAAUAUAAUAUUGAAACUUAAACAUGCAUGUUUGAAUAUGUCCUUGUAAAGUUUUUGAACUAUUCAUUUAAUUAGAAAAAAUAGGGGCAAAAUUCAUGAGCGCUUAGUAAAUGUGAUCCUUUGCAUAGUAUCUGCAUAGGAAUUCUCUUCGCUCCAUACCUUCACUGCUAUCUUUUGAAUACUGUCUGGUCUCAGUCGCUCUAUUGUUAUUGAUUGAAGCUUAAGAAAUGUGACCUGCCUUCCAGCAGGCUAUUGACUAUUUCAAAGUUUAAUAUGGAUACAUGUAGGUUUGUCUAUACAGUACAUCAACUUGCAACUGUUACUCCUUCAGGAGUCCGCAUUUAUAUUAAAUGGUCUCUACGAAUCAGCCCUGGAAACAUGAGUCAAUCGGCUGAUUUCCAUUGCAGAGCCGAGGAACCGCUUAUCCUUUCUGAGACAAAGGAGUUCAGUGCCAGAUUCUCUGGGGAGGGGUGAGUUUCCCGGAAGUCUUGCAGCACUAACGUCUUUACGAGUUUUACAAUUGUAAAACUGUGACGCGCUAAUAUUAAAGAUCCAUUGAUACCGGGGAAACUUGCUUAUUUGUUUACAUAGCCAUUUGGUGUCUGUUAAAUAGAAACCCAGGGAAAUUAUUUUUGGCAUGUUUUGGCUGUCACUUAGCAUUGUUUGGUCUGUGUUUUAGAUGGUGUUAGGCUCGCCAGAAUUUGAGGACAGACUUCUAUCUUUACGGAGGGGCUCCCGAGUGUCGCAACAGUCUAAGACACUGCAUCUCAGUGCUAGAGGCGUCCCAACAGAACCUGGUUCGAUCCCGGGCUGUGUCACAACCGGCCAUGAUUGGGAGUCCCAUAGGGUGGCGCACAAUUGGCUCAGCAUUGUUAGGGUUUAGCCGGGGUAGGCCGUCAUUGUAAAUACAUUUUUCUUAACUGACUUGACAAGUUAAAUUAAAAAACGACCCUUCUAAAAGGAAUGUUUUGGAAGUUGUGUAGAGAUCACAAUAGUCUUAAUUUAUACUUUCUAAUUUAAAUGGGGUUGGUGUGUGUGUGUGUGUGUGAGAUGAUCAUUAAGACAAGUAUUGGGUAAACACAGUAACACUUGACAGUAGGAUAGCCAUACACCAAGACACGAGUAACUUCUGAAUUCUUUGCCAAGAAUGUCACAUUCUUGCCCAGGAAAUGUCUUGUUCAGUGAUUCAUUUGACUAAAUACUGUGGAAUUGUUUACUUUGGACUUAGUUGUCCUUUUUAGCAAUCGUAUGAUGAGUUAAAAAAUAAGUAACAUAGGAUGACAUAUUAAACCACCCUGACAGGGAAUUGAUUUCCAUGUGAGCGGCCAUGUCCCAAUGGGAGAGACCGCUUCAUUUCAGAUUGUUUUCUUGUUCACGCUGAACACACUCAUUGCUUCCACUCAAAUUGAAUUCCUUGUAAUAAGAUGGGCUGUUCUUGUAUUUUUUUUCAUUUGUAUUUUUUACAUAUUUUCUAACUUUGGGAAAUGUAAUUGCUUUUGAUAACUACUACCCAAGUUUUCUUUGUAAGAGUUUGCUUAAAUUAAGGUACAAGUUUAACUUCAACAUUGUUUUUAUAUUAUACUCCCUUAAGGAAUGUUUAGAAUGAGAUUUCUCCAAUUUGGAUAUAGGUCUUAUACCAUUUUUUUUUGUUAAAGAAUUCACUGUGUGAAAAUGGGAUUGCAUUUUUGUAUAAUACAAUUGCUUUUGUUUUGUUUCUUUGAGGGGAGAACUGGAAGUUUGAAGUAAAUGUAACUUAUGUGCAACAGUGAUUCUUUACUGGCAGGGACUGUAAUUAAACAAUAUUGUGAAACCGA